CCAGUUUGGGGGAUUUUAGUUGACCAUAGGAAUUACGCAUUACGGGUUUGAUUGAAUAAGCUCUCUCUCUCUCGCUUCCCUGCUUGGCCAUACUCAGUUGACUGUCUCCUCUGCUGUAGUCCACUGUCCACUGUCCACUGUUUCCCUUGACACAGAAGGCACAAAAGACCCUGAGAGGUGUGGUGUGUGUGUAGCUGGACGAAGCGUCAGUGUGGGAGAGACAGUGUGUGCACUUUCUUGGGUGAGAUAGUACAUUGUGUGUGUAUGUGUGUUUGCGUCUGUGUGACGCAGUCUCAAACCUCUCCUUGCAGCUGCCAACAUCAGGUAUGAGGAUCCAUUUACUGUUCCUUUGCCUACUGACCUCAGCAUUUGCUGUGUCUGUCAAAGGCAAACCUCAUGACAAACAUCAAGCUUUAUCCAAGUCCUCACACACAGCUAAAGAGAAGGACAUUGUUCCAGAUGAGGCCAAUGAGGAGGAGGUCUUGCCGACUUUCAUGACCUUUGAGUCUAGCAGUCAGGAUCAGGAAGACGAGGACAUGAGCUACGAGGACAAUGCUAAUGUUAAUAUGGGUCCCUCCAAUGAGGAAGGGGUGUUCGAGGUGUCUGAUAGUGGUGAGAGGAGCACCCCUGUCCUGCUGAGCGAUAAGGCACUGGUGGACCUCCUCCAGGGGGAGUCAGAGGAAGAAGAGGUGGAAGAGGAGGAGGAGGAAGAAGAGGAGGAGGGAAAGAUCGAGUCUGAGGAGACACAGUCUGAAGAGGAGGAGGGAGAAGAAGCGGAGGGAGACUUGGAAAAGGAGGAGGAGGAUGAGGAGGUGAUAGAUGGGGAGGAGGAGGUGGAUGUGGAGGCAGAGAAAGAGGCAGAAAAGGUGGAGGUGAUUGCGGAUGAUGAGGAGUCAGUUGAGGAUGAGGAGAAAGGAGAGGAAGAGGAGGAACCUGUGGUCGGGGACGGAGGAGUAAAGCAAGAGGCUGAAGUCGAAGAGACGUACAGCAACACCGAGCCGGAGAUUCCAGAGGAUCUGGACUACGCAGGCGACAGUGACAACACACAGCCCCUGGAAACCGAGCUUGAGGAAGGGAAAUCCCUCGCCGAAGACGCCCAGCUCCUCUUAAAUAAGGAAGAGGAGGCAAAGGUGGAGGAGAAAGAAGAACAAGUUAGCAAGGAAGAUGAAAUCCCCACUGCCACUGAUGACUAUGAGUCCCAGCAGGACAUACAAGAAGCCGAGGCCUCUGAGAGCCAGGAAGUGCUCGGACAGUACAAACUCCCUGAGGGAAGCAAGGACCAGCAGAAAGGUUCCAAGGACAAUUCCCAAGAAAAGGGGAACAAUAAAAAAGACGGAGACACAGACUCUGAACUCCAAGAGACAAAGAACAGUGUGGAUCUUGAUGGGACACAUCUUUCUGUAGAAGGGGGAGAAGAGAAGGAGCAGAAGAACAUAAACGAGAGCGCCAGUCACACCCUAGGCAAAGCUACGAAGCAGAUGAAGAACCAGAGGGUGAGGAAGCACCCCCCACAGAGGGAUGAGGCCCCGCCAGGAGAAGGAGUCCCAGACCACCAGGGGGAUGAAGGGGAGAAGGAGUACUACCGCACCACUGACAAUGCUGUCUACAAGCCCAAGCGGAGAAGAGCCGGGAAAUGGGCCCCUCUGGUGGGAAUGAACCCGGUCCAGAUCAGGGCGACAGUGGACCUCUACCCCAGCGCCAGGCCCUCUUUGGCGGCCAGCCUAUACAGACCCCAAGCCUCCGCUGCCGACCCUUGUGAGAACUUCCGUUGUAAACGUGGAAAGACCUGCAAACUCAACGAGGAGAAGAAGCCUAUGUGCGUGUGUCAGGAGCCUUCUGCCUGCCCACAGAGUGUCACUGACUAUGAUCAUGUAUGUGGAACUAACAAUGUCACCUACGACACAUCCUGUGAGCUCUUUGCCACCAAGUGCAACCUGGAAGGCAGCAAGAGAGGCCAUAGACUUCACCUGGACUACACUGGACCCUGCAAAUUCAUAGCACCGUGUAUGAAUGGCGAACUGGUCCAGUUUCCUCUGCGUAUGCGCGACUGGCUGAAGAACGUCUUGCUGCAGCUCUAUGAACACGACUCCAUGUCCCCUGGCUUCCUCACCCCCAAGCAACGCAUCAGAGUGAGAAAGAUCCACGAGAGUGAGAGGCGCCUCCAUGCCGGCGACCACCCCAUUGAGUUGCUGGCCCAGGACUUCGAGAAGAACUACAACAUGUACAUCUAUCCCGUGCACUGGCAGUUCGCUCAGAUGGACCAGCACCCUUCUGACAGGUUCCUGUCCCACUCUGAGCUGGCCCCCCUGAGGGUCCCGUUGGUCCCCAUGGAGCAUUGUACUUCCCGCUUCUUCCAGGAGUGUGACGCAGACAAAGACAAACAGGUGUCCUUCAGGGAGUGGGCCCACUGCUUCGGCAUCAAGGAUGAGGACAUGGAUGUCAACCUGCUCUUCUGAGUCCAAUCAGUACCUCAUCAAGCAACCAGCUUUAAUAUUCAUUUAACAAGAUCACCUUCAAUUAUGGCAGAACCACAUACCUUAAUUGGAAGAGAGAGAGACUUGCGUUGAUUUAAACUGUAUGUUUUUCGGGAUGCUCUUUAAGGUUAGACUGGUAGAACCAGCCUAAUCACUGUGUUCACCAUUAUAUUCAACUUCACGUAUCAGUCUGGAAUUUCUCCUUAUUGAAACUGUUUGAGCCUAUGUCUGUAAUGAGAAGCAUUAUUCAAAACCAAGUACAAUUGAUUAAAAAGUAAAAGUGAGAAUGUCCUUCCAUGUCUUAAGUCAUAGAUGGAAGAGGAGUUGUGUUGUUCAUGUUGUCUUAAAUCAGACUAAUCUAAAACAAAUUUGGAUCUAUAAAUAUGUGGAUGUUCUGUUAUACUGUAUGUAGAUACCGUAUAGCUGAUAGUGGUAUUAGUAGAGUAAGUUUUUUUUAGCAAUUAAGAAUGAUAUCAGUGUUAUGAACACAUUCCAAGAGGGGGAAAGUUUACGAGUGCUUUUUAGUAGAUGACUGACUACAAAACAGAAAUGGACUUCUAUGCAGGUGAGAACGAUCACUUUACCUUUUGACCAAAAUAUUACAGUAUUCGUUUUAAACAUUUAAGUGGGAGCGUAACAAUAUUUUUUUGGGUAUGAAAACCAUUUGUAAUUGACUGUCAAAAUAAAUGGAGCUGCCAAAAGGAGAAAUUGAAAUGGCAGUAAUGGAGUAGAACAUGUGAUGUUGACAGAAUUACUAAGAGUUGAAUGCUGCAACAGUUUUAUUUGUCUUGACUGAUAUAGCUACUUUUUUACUAACCUUUCUAAUAAAAGUAAUGUUGACCUCA